AGAGGAAGGAGCAGCUGACAGUUUUGUGAGGGAGAGCAGGCUAGAGGGCGCGUGGCUGGCUCAGUUGGAAGAAUAGGCUGAGGAAGCCUCCAGUGCUUCUAGUUGGCUCAGCAAGCCGCCCUACUCCAGACUGCUCCAGGCAGGUGAAUUCAGGGGCAGGGAAUACCACCUGGUCCCUUUGUGAGCUGCCAAUGUUCCAGCUGACAGCCACCCCAGCAAGCGCCCUUGCAGAUGAGCCAGUGCAUAUCCAAGUGACAGGCCUGUCCCCGUUGCAGUUGGUGACCCUAACGGCGUCUCUGAAGGAUGAGAAGGGGAAUGUGUACCAGUCCAAAGCCUUCUACAAGGCGAACGAGGUUGGUGAGCUGGACCUAAUGCGGGCUCCUGCAUGUGGAGGCGACUACGUGGGAGUCCACCCGAUGGGCCUCUUCUGGUCUCUGAAGCCCCAGAAGGGUUUCAGGAGGCUGCUUAAGAAGGAUGUGAUGAACAGCCCCUUUUGGGUCACUCUGAACCUAUAUGACUCAGUUUGUUUCCAAGAUUUGAUCAUAGGUGAGCCCAUGGCCAGCCAGGUGGUCCAGCGCUGGUUCUCAGCCCCUGGGGUACAGCGUGUGCAGAUCCGAGAAGGUCGGGUGCGAGGAGCCCUUUUCCUGCCUCCAGGGGAAGGUCCUUUCCCAGGAGUCAUUGAUUUGUUUGGGGGCGGAGGGGGUCUGAUUGAGUUUCGGGCCAGUCUUUUGGCUGCGCAUGGCUUUGCAGUGCUGGCCUUAGCCUACUUUGCCUACGAAGAUCUGCCCAAUUUACUGCAGGAGAUCGACCUGGAAUAUUUUGAGGAAGCUGCUAACUUGCUACUAGCUCAUCCCAAGGUCCGAACGCCAGGAAUCGGAGUGAUCUCUGUGAGCAAAGGUGCAGAGAUCGGGCUGGCCAUGGCCUGCUUCCUGAAGCAGGUGGUAGCCACCAUCUGCAUCAAUGGGCCCAAUGCCAUCUAUGAAUUUCCGCUCAGGUACAAAGAUCUGGUUAUAACACCCAUCCCCUCGUUUUUGGAGCGCAUGCAGUAUGACAUCUCAGGGUCUCUGCGCCUCCGCCACUACAGGGGGGACCCCCAGGAUGAACUGAGUCAGCAGAGCGUGCUUCCUAUUGAAAAGGCCCAGGGUCCGAUCCUCUUCGUGGUUGGAGAGAAUGAUGAAUGCUCGAAUAGCAGGAAGUAUGCUGAGCAGGCCCUGCACCAGCUCUGGAGCCACGGGAGAAACAAUGGAAGGAUGCUGUUGUACCCUGGGGCGGGCCAUCUCAUUGAGCCGCCCUAUGCACCCCUGUGUUAUGCCUGCCCAAACAAGAACUAUUCUUGCUUCCUGCUCUGGGGAGGGGACCCCGUUGCCCACGCUGCAGCCCAGGAGCACUCCUGGGGAGAGAUCCUGAAAUUCCUCAGGCAACACCUUAUUCAAAGUAGGAAACUCUGAGCCAGGGCUCAGUGUGAUGAUGAAGUGGGGAGACAAAAAAAUGAGAAUAAGGCAAGCAUAUGAUGGGAAGAGGGGGUUCUUCUGGCUUCUCUAGAUUCACAGUUAUCUUGAAUCAGUUGGAAGGAGACAGGGCAAAAAUCAAGGGCCAACGGCACAGGUUCAAUAUCUGACAAAUUUGUAUGUGAUUUGAAUUUUUUGUAAACUGAAUCUUAGUUUAUAUGCACCAGGGUACAUUGCUAUCUCAAAAUUGUGAUACCUUUGCAAAUUGAAUAAUCUUUUGUUUCCCAGGUAGGGAUCCCUUGGACCCAGGUAUUGCCAAUCUAGAUGAAUACUCUGGAACUUCCAAGUUACUUGUGGAAAAACAAGUAACUUCUGUUUAAAACUGAGUUUCUGACAUUUGAUAUGAAAAGUUCUAAGGCCACCAUCAAACGUAACGCUCGUUAUAGAUUUCUGAUAGAUGCUUUAUUUUUUUCUCAGAAUAGUGAUGUUUCUUUUUAUCCCUAAAAUAUAUUUCUUUUAAUAAUUUAAUCAGGAAUGGGAUUGAAUUUAAUCACAUGCCUUUAUAGCAUUUAUUGAAAUUAGUUAUUGAAGUUAGUUAAUAUAGUUAAAGCAAUUACAACAGUCCAGGUAUGUAGUGAUCAGCGUAUCAGAAUUGGCUAUAAUUAUUUUCAUAAGGCUUUCUUUCUUUUUUUCUUUUUUUUUUGUUUUUUGGUUUUUUUUUGUUCUUUUUUGUGUUUUUUUGUUGUUCAUAAUGCUUUCUUCCCUCAAUCUGUUAAUGUGGUGAAUUACAUUCAUUAAUGGACUCAUGUUGCUUUUGCAUCUAAUUUUACCAGAUGAUUUUCUCAUAUUGACUAAUAUGGGUUUUAAAGUUUCUUUUGGAGCCAACCUGGUCAUUCCUAUUUUCUCAGAAUUUCACCCAUAUUUUCUAGAACAAAUUUUUCACUUAUAAUUUUGUACGUAUCCCCUAUUAUUUAUUUGCAUGCUUUCUCUUUUUUCCUCUCAGUCUGACUUACCGAAUAUUUUUCUAUUUUUAUUGAUCUUUUCCAAGAACAGUUUUUGUUUUUUUUGUUUUUUUUGGUCAAGUCUUUUCCUCCUGAUUCUUUGAUUUCUGUUGUUUUAAAAUAAAUUCAUUCCUUCUGCCAUUUUUGUGUUUAUUUUUCUGGCAAUGUUCUCAUUUUGUUAAUUUCUAGAUGGUUUCUGAUUUACUCCCCCCCCUCUAAAUCCAAGAGUAACUUUACCAAAGCACAAGGUAUCAGACUGUAGAUACUUAUUGAUCAUAAGGGGAAGGCGUGAGGAACCUAGCAGUGGAGGAUCAGAUUGUUACCACCUGAACCCACUGGUCAAACUUAGCAUCACUUAAAAUGGUCAUUUUUACAUAAUGUGCUUCAUGAGGAGAUGUAAUGUGGAGUGCCUAGCACUACUUAUAUUACUUCUAACAAUGCGAUUAAACUUGCACCUUGUCAAACUUUUAGAUCAAACUUCUUAUUGAUACAGUGGCUAGAGACCAGUUAAACAAUCCUAUAAAGAGACAAACAAAUCCAGGUUGUGGGUCAUUGUCUAACUUGGUCUCACCAUAAGUUAAUUAGCAACUGACCUGGUUUUUUUCAGAAGCUGGUUGCAUGAAAAAAUUUGGGAUCUUUUUUUCUUUGUGGGAUUCCCCCCCUUUUUUUGGUUGGAGUGAGCUGUGGGACUAUCAAGUAUUAAGAGACUUAAGAGACAUAUCAACCAAAUGCUAUCUGUGGGCUUCGUUUGAACAAAAUAACUGUAAAAGGAUAUUUUGGGGACAAUUAGAAAAAUCUGAAUAUGGACUGGAUACUAAAUGAUACUGUGAAAUUGUUAUUAUCUUGUUAGGUGUUAUAAUGGUAUUGUGGUUAUGUAAAAAGUCACUUUUAGAUAAAGAUGCAUACUGAUACAUUUAAAGGUGGAGGGUUGCGAUAUCUGGGAAUUGUUUUAAAAUACUGCAGGAAUAUGGCAAAAUGUGAAUAAUUAUUACUUCUAGAUUAUGGCUAUAGUGAAGUUUGUUAUAAUAUUUUUUAUGUGUGGCUGUAAUUUUUUAUAUAAAAAGCUAAAAAAAUAAAAGAUACAAUCAAUAUAUUUACCUUUCUUCCCCCAAAGGCAAGAACUUUAGCAUAUACUAAAUCUUUUUCUCCAUGGCAGCCCCAUUAAUUUUAGAUUACUGAUUGGUUUCACAAUAAAUACAUAUUUA